UCCGGACAAUUCGACCAGCUGGAGCGAACCGUCACCGGGAAACCCCCACCUUGUCUUUGCCUCCUCUUGAUCUAAAUAACAAAUUUCUUCGGUAGAUUUGAAAUAUCCCCACCGCGAAAAUCGUCUACUUUUCCAACACACUAUUCCGAUUCGAGUCGGGUUUUGAUUCGAAUCGAAGACUCAUAAAUGGGAGAUUUCAAUCUCGCCCUGGUGAUUGUUGCAAUCGUCGUCUGCGUUCUUGUAUUCAUCUUCAAUGUCUAUCUACUCGUCAAUUACCAACAUCCAGAUGAUGCCAAUCAGGCAUAUUUUCCCAAAUUCGUCGUUGUUUUGGGUCUCUCUGUCGCUGCCAUUUCAAUCUUGAUGCUUCCGGCAGAUGUUGCCAACCGUCAGGCUUGCCGGCAUGCGAUUUACAAUGGGGCUUGUAAUCUUACAUUGCCAAUGAAGGAACUUUGGCUGGCUAUUUACAUACUCGACGCUAUUCUCGUCUUCUUUGUCAUUCCUUUUGCCAUGUUCUUCUACGAAGGCGACGAGGACAAGCCUGUGGGCAAACGGAUAAAGAGUGCAUUAUUGUGGGUGAUAGCUACAGCUGUUGUUUGCGGUCUUGUACUUGGGAUUUUAUAUGGUAUUAUUGGCAAGGUUGAUUUUACAGUCAGACAUCUCUCUUCCACCACAAUGUCCUUUCCCAGUACAUGGGAUUUCACUAGCAGUCAACAAUGCGUUGGAAGCGGGACCCAUCAGUGUUCUGCAUAUUCAGCCAAUGCUUCAUCAGAGAAAACAUGGACCCAGCGAACUACCUUCCCAGAAUAUAUUGUUGCUCUUGCUACCAUUGUUGGAUCCGUUCUCUUCACUAUAUUUGGAGGUGUGGGCAUUGCUUGUCUUCCACUGGGACUUCUUUUUUCAUUUGUUCGGCGCCCAAAAGCUGUUAUAACUCGUUCACAGUACAUCAAGGAAGCUACUGAGAUGGGGAAAAAAGCUAAAGAUUUGAAGAAGGCAGCUGAUGCACUUCAACAGGAAGAAAGGAGUGGCUCAAAGGGAAGAAAGUGGCGUAAAAAUGUGAAGGCUGUAGAGAAGGAACUGCUUCUGUUGGAAGAAGAUGUUGUGGCCUUGGAAGAGAUGUAUCCUCAAGGUGAACAGGCUGAGACUGCCUGGGCUAUGACUGUUCUUGGGUAUCUUGCCAAAUUGAUCCUGGGAUCUCUGGGGUUGAUUGUCUCAGUAGCUUGGAUUUUACACAUUGUGAUUUAUCUACUAGUUGAUCCUCCAUUUUCUCCAUUCCUUAAUGAAGUUUUCAUCAAGUUGGAUGACGUAUGGGGCCUUCUGGGAACUGCAGCAUUUGCAUUCUUCUGCUUCUACCUUCUCCUUGCAGUGAUUGCUGGUGCUAUGAUGCUUGGCUUGAGCUUAGUUUUCAUUACAAUCCAUCCAAUGAAGUGGGGAGCUACUCUAAUGAACUCAUUUUUAUUUAAUGUUGGGCUCAUUCUUCUUUGCUCCAUCAGUGUGAUUCAGUUCUGUGCGACAGCUUUUGCAUACUAUGCUCAAGCUACUGCUGCACAGGAAAUAUUUGGCCACACAUUGCAGUCUCUUCGAGGAAUAAAAUAUUUAUACAAGUACAAUGUGUUUCAAAUUGGAUUCAUUAUUCUGGCUGGACUAACAUUUGUCUAUUAUGCUGCAUUUGGUUGGAGAAGAAAAAAACCUACUGGAAGGUUUCAGCUUUCCACUUAAGACAAUUAUGACCAAAAUAUGAGGGAUGAAUGAGACUGGAUCUUCUAGAUUUUUGGGUUCGAUUUGGUGUACUAACAUGAAAAGCGGAUGUUUAUUCGUUUGAGCGAUUUGAAGACGAUUGUUCUUUUUUCCUCUUUUGUUUAGUUUCUCAUUUCCUCAACCACCUCUUUCAUUAUAUUGUCAUUGAUUUGUGUCCUCAAACGGCAUUGUGCAAAUGGAACAAAUUGACAUUAUCGUUAGAUGUAAUAUUAUUAGAGAAUGCGAAGCAUUAAAUAUUGGUUUAUAAAUAUUUAUAACCCUUCUCCAAGUUCAUAUUUUGACCUCAA